CCCAAUUGGGCCAUAAGAGGAUGCAUGCCGCCAUUCCUGAUUGAGACUAGCACAAAUCUCCUUGCCCCAUUCUGUCGUUUGACGCUAACCAUCCAUGGGUCCGUUCGGCCAUCUUUAUUUCGAUGCAUGAACAACCUGGCUGCAUUGACGCGUGUCGUUGGCUGUGUUGCCAUCUGUAAGCCCCUCACAUGGAUAACGAGGCUGGUGGUAUAUGCAAUGUCGCAUGCAGCCACCCUCUGUGACCUCACGGUCACAAAGUGGGUCAGGAAUCAACUAAGGCUUGAUUCUGGCCGCUGAUCGGCCCGGCAUUUCCUGCUGACCAGCCAUAACCCCAGAACAACAGCGGCUAAUACAAGGAGCUAACAGAUCCGGACAUUAACCAGUGGCUGGAAAUGUCCACUUUGUCGCCAUUGGGCAAAGAUACAGUGUCCAUGCAAGGCCCGUGGUUGAUUGCAAUGUCCCUAGCCCGCCCGUUGACGCAACCCUAAUGGAUCAGCACUCCCAAUGCCUCUCUGAUUAGCCGAUCUCAGACCCUUCCACCCUGCCCUCUUGUGCCAUGUUUUCUGUCAAUCCCCUGAGGCUCCACUACUCUUUGAUUUUUCCCUUCUCUUGAAAUCAAUUGCACGCGAUGGCAGGAGACGCUCUCAAGCGGGUAUAGACGACCGGGCGCAAGAUGGUCCAAUUAUCCCCCGACCUCGGGUUGAAGGUCUCUGUGGGAGUAUUCCUUAUAAGCUCCCUAUUCCUUACCACCUCAUACAACACCACAUUCGCUUUUGAUCGCCCUGUUAGUACAUCAGUUCUGGUCUGUUUCCUUACCGGGCUGGUCCUCUUGCUAUGGGGUCGCUUUGUUCCAUCGGGGUCGCAACCAUCGUCGCCGACAUUCAAACGACCGGGUGCCCCUCUCGCGGAGCAGUAUGAGCUUCCCUCACGCGCCUCGACCUCGUCGUUCACAUUUGGCGAAACUGAAAGUCGUCCUUCGUUGCGGAACCGAUCGUGGUGGAUAAAACUAAGUCUAUUGGUUGGGCUGGGUGGCUUGCGAGUCGAGUCUUUCCGUCAAGUUACUCGACACAGCGAGUGUGUGCCCUCUGGAUAUGCUUAUGCCAUUCCGUUCGUUAUUUCGCUCUACGACUACUGGCGUAACCAGCGAUCGCGACAAGUGGAGACGUAUGUUCCUGCGCAGCGAUUUCUCAAGCUGCCGCUGCAGGUGACCUACUCGGUUUGCCGCCGGAGCUUCCAUUAUCUUACACAGAGCCGCUUUAGAGGCGUCAUUGCAGCUGCCUUCCUAUCGAUUAGUGGGCUCCUAGCUUCGUCAUUCUCAGCGGGAAAUCGCUCGACCUAUAUCUGUCCUGUGGUGUUACAUGGCGCAUCGCAAAUGCGGUUCUUUAGGAUCUUCAAUGUGUUUUCAGACUCUGCAUUACUGAUUGGGAUAACUGAGUUAUGCCGGAUUGGCAGUCAAUUCGACGAGGGGCGGAGAAAGCGCACUCUGAUGUUCCUUGGAGCUGGUCUCCUUGGUCUUUCUGUGUUCUGGUGUAUCUUAGGACUCAAGGUAUCAGAUAGCUCACCCGAACUCGCUGGGCAACCCACUUUGGAUCUCGAAUACUCGCGUGGUGCUUUCAGUCAAGCUGUGCUAAUGCUGCUCCUGAUCUUAUCAGCUUGGCAUAUGUUACCACAUUUUGACAUUGUUGGUGUGGCAAUCAUUGGUGGUUUUAUAGUUAUAUACUUCUCUUCUGUCUCGGCCCUUGUGGGUGGACAAUCGUCCUACCCAUUCAUCUCCCUAACACACUCGAUUCUCCCGAUGGUAGCAUCUCUAACGGGCGCCAUCCUCUUCCUCCUCGCGCGAGUGGUCCACGACGAAGAAUACAAACCCCUUUAUCGCACCAACAUUGCUGUACAGGUACUUUUCGUCAUUCUCUGUGGAAUUAGUCUGGGUUUCGCAGUGAACAAGCAUCGCGUUUCUCCCAUCCACCCAAUUGAUUUCCUUCUACACGACGGCAGAAUUCAGCAUGACAAUUAUAUGGCCCAGGCUUCUGUGAGCAAGACCCUCCAAGACGCUGUUGGGGAAUACCGGAGUCGUUAUAACCAGCAUCCGCCACCUGGUUUCGACAAAUGGUAUCAAUACGCCACUAAAAAGUCGUCAGUAAUCAUCGACGAUUUCGAUCAGAUUUAUCACAACCUACUUCCUUUCCGAGCCCUGGCUCCCCAGCAAAUACGGGAAAUGACAUCUCAAUUAGCAACCAAUCCGUUCAAUGAUCUCGGCGCCAUCAGCAUCCGAAAUGGCAAGGCUAGAGUGCAAGAAGGGAUUAAACCGACGCAUGCGUGGAUGGUGCAAGGGGCUGCCGACAUGAUGGAGAACUUUGUCGAGUUUCUCCCGGAUAUGGACCUGGUGUUCAAUUUGAAUGAUGAACCGCGUGUCGCAGUUCCCUGGGAGAAGAUCUCAAUGUUGAAUCGCCGGGCUCAGAUGCAGCAGAUGGCCCCCGAAGAGCACGCAGUGAAUGCUUGGUCGACGAAUAGACUAGAGGGUUGGGGUCCAAUCGAACCCGCCGAUCUGACCAACACCACCAUCUUCACUGAUGGUGCGUGGAGAGGUGUCUUCGAUCCAUAUGUGAGCGCUGUAUGCCCACCUUCAUCCAAGGCACGUUCGCAGAGAAUCUGGAACCGCCGUGAUAUUUGUUUAUCAUGCGCGGCACCUCACUCCAUGGGCCAGUUCCCACUGGACUUCAAUAUCGCCUCCGAUAUCUGUCACCAACCCGAUCUCGCAUUCAUCCACGGUCUUCUCAUCUCCCCAGCCUCAUUCAAAGUCUCGCAAGACCUAGUCCCGGUCUUCAGUCAAAGUGCCCUAUCCGGCUUCAACGACAUCCUCUUCCCUAGCCCAUGGAACUACAUCGACAAGGUCAAAUACCAACCAACAGACGAACACCCCGACCCAGAAUAUAGCCACAAGGAAACCUCCCUCUACUGGGUCGGCAGCACAUCAGAAGGUGUCAGCCGCUUCGGUGAAUGGAAAGGCAUGCCCCGGCAGCGCUUUGCCCACCUAAUAAACAACAACACGAACAACCAAGUCUCCGUCCUCCUCCCAACAAACGACGGCACAGGCACCUUCCGCUACGAAAUAAUGGACGGCGCCGCCCCAACCGAAACCCUCCGCCUCCAAACAAACGUCCACCUAGCCGACCCGAUCGUCCGCUGCGGCGACUGCGACGAACAAGCCGCCGAAAUGGGCACAGUAGGCUGGGCCGACUUCCAAGCCCACUGGUCCCACAAAUUCCUCUUCGACCUCGACGGCGCCGGUUUCAGUGGCCGCUUCCUCCCCUUCUUACACAGCCACAGCCUCCCCCUAAAGACAGGCCUGUUCAGACAAUGGUUUGACUCCCGCGUCACCUCCUGGCUACACUUCGUACCCGUCGACAUCCGUCUACACGGGCUAUGGAGUACGCUCGCUUAUUUCGCGGGUGUUCCUACUCCGGCAGGCGAUCAGGGUCCUGGUGCCGGUGCCCCGCAAGUGCGCAUGAAGGCGCAUGAUAAGCAGGGCAAGGCAAUUGCCGAGGAGGGACGAGAAUGGGCGCGCAAGGCGCUCAGGAAGGAGGAUAUGGAGAUUUAUUUCUUUAGGCUUUUGUUGGAGUGGGGGCGUAUCACUGAUGAUCAGCGUGAUGUCCUUGCUUAUAAGCCUUGAGUUUGAUGCUUGCAUGGUUGGUGUUGAUUUUGGUUUUAAUGUUAAUGUCAAAUGGUACAUACAGUUAUUAUAUGAAGUAACUUAUAC